AUGAAGUACUUCGCAGCACUACCCGUCGCCGCUAGUAUUGCUGGCGCCCAAAUGAACGUCAUGAGCCUUCACCCUGCUGAGGCGGCUGGCCCGAUGACACACACUGUCACUGUGGGUGGUCUCAAGCCCGUUGCUACUGGCAUGGCGCCCGCCUUGGUCUACACUCCCGAAUCUAUCACCGCUGCCGUCGGCGACAUGGUUAUGUUCGUCUUCAUGCAGAAGAACCACACCGUCACGCAGUCCACUUUCGAAGACCCCUGCCGAAAGAUGGACGGAGGUAUGGACUCGGGCUUCCAGCCCAAUCCCGAGGGCAAAGACGGUGUGACCUGGAACAUGACUGUUGAGACAACAGAGCCUCUUUGGUUCUACUGCAAACAGCAAAACGGCAUCCAUUGCGGCAAAGGCAUGGUGAUGAGCAUCAACGCCGCCACCACGGGCGACAAGACAAUGGCCAACUUCAAGGCACUCGCCAUUAGUACGAACGGUACCUCCCUCACUCCUGGGCCUCUCCAGAAUGUCGACCCCGGGGCGGCCGCCGCCCCCACCACCGUCACUGUCGAAGCUGGGGGUGCUGGUGGUGCUGGUGCUGUCGAAACUGGAGCGCCUCAUGCCGUUGCUCCCCCUGCUGGUGCUGAGGUCGUUGCCGGUGAAGGCAUGGACGGUCAGGGACAGGCUUGCUCAUGCCAGUGUUUGUGCGGCAUGAACUCCUUUCCCGCGAACGCUGCAGUGAACAACUUUGGCGGAUUCCCUGGUAUGAUUGCAUAA